AUCUCCGAGACACUUGUGACAAUUACGCAAGUAGUCCACUAAAUAUGGGCAGCAAUAUGCCAAGGAAAAUUGAAAACGGCACUCAGAAUAGAGAAUUAACGAUCGCUGAACAAGGUGACGAAGUGGUGAUAUCGGGAAUUGCUGGGAGAUUUCCGGAAUCGAAUAAUUUGACGCAAUUGCAAGAAAAUCUUUUCAACAAGGUGGACCUUAUCACCGAUGAUGAUCGCCGUUGGAAAACAGAUCACCCAGAUAUCCCACAACGAACUGGGAAGAUAAACAAUAUUGGAAAAUUUGAUGCACGAUUUUUCGGCGUGCACUUCAAAGAAGCCCAUUCUAUGGAUCCUAUGGCGAGAAUGUUACUGGAACAUACUUACGAAGCUAUUAUUGAUGCUGGCGUUCAUCCUCGGAAACUUCGUGGCACUAACACCGGAGUCUUCAUUGGUAUCUGCUUCAGUGAUACAGAGAAAACAUGGAUAUACUCAGAUUCACCGGUAAAUGGGUUAGGGCUACUGGGUUGCAGUCGCUUCAUGAUGGCCAAUCGGAUCUCUAAUUGGUUUGGAUGUAAGGGACCCAGCUACGUCGUGGACACUGCAUGCAGUUCUAGUCUUUUCGCUCUGGACCAUGCGUAUAGAGCAAUUAGAAAUGGACAAUGUGAUGCUGCGAUCGUUGGAGGAUGUAAUUUGUGCCUCUGUCCACAAAUAUCUCAACAGUUUUUCCGCCUUGGAACGCUUUCGCCUGAUGGAAAAUGUAAAUCAUUCGAUAAUGAGGGAAACGGCUACUGUCGUAGUGAAGCGAUGACCACAAUUUAUCUUCAGAAAUCAAAGGAUGCAAGACGCAUCUACGCGCAGGUUGUUUACACGAAAACGAAUUGCGACGGUUACAAGGAAGAAGGCAUUACCCACCCAUCGACUACAAUGCAACGUAUCUUAUUGGAACAAUUUUACGAAGAGUGCAAAGUUUCACCAUCCGAUUUGGCUUUCUUCGAGGCGCAUGGUACUGGAACCAAAGUAGGUGAUCCUGUCGAGGUUGAUGCACUGGAGAAGGUAUUCUGCCCUGGACGAACCACUCCACUCCAAAUCGGUUCAGUUAAGUCGAAUUUGGGUCACACUGAACCAGUAAGUGGCCUUUGCUCCGUCGCCAAGGUCGUAAUUGCAAUGGAAAGUGGAAUCAUUCCACCAAAUAUAAAUCAUAAUCGUCCACGUGAAGACAUCAAAGCUUUAACCACUGGUCGCAUCCAAGUAAUUACGGAACCAACGCCAUGGAACGGUGGUUACGUUGGUAUAAACUCUUUUGGCUUUGGAGGUGGUAACGCACACGUUUUACUGAAAUCAAAUCCGAGAGAGAAAAUCAAUAAUGGUGCACCUAAUGACGACAUGCCGAGACUUGUUGUCGUAUCUGGAUGCACCGAGGAAGCUGUUACAACUCUGUUGGAUGAACUUGGAAUCAGACCAGUGGACGUGGAGUACAUUAACCUAUUUCAUAAUAUAUUCACUGAAGAGAUUCCGGGACAUUUUUACCGCGGAUAUACCAUAUUGCCACCGCGAGGUAUAUCGAAAAACAUCAAACGAAGUGUGCAGUAUUACUCAGGCGAGAAACGGCCGAUAUGGUUUGUAUUCUCUGGAAUGGGAUCUCAGUGGAUUGGGAUCGGUGAAAAUUUGCUGAAGAUUCCAGUAUUUGCCAAGACUGUUCGAAAGUGUGACAAAGUUCUCGAACCUCAUGGUGUGGACAUUAUGAACAUUUUGACUACCCAGGAUCCAAAAUCGUUCGACAACAUUAUAAUGUCGCGUGUUGGUAUUACUACAAUACAGAUUGGCUUAAUAGAUGUAUUGUCAUCUAUCGACAUCGUGCCAGACAAAGUUACUGGAUAUCUAUUUGGAGAGUUAGCCUGCGCCUACACUGAUGGCUGCUUGACCGCGGAACAGACGGUGUUAGCAGCGUAUUUUGAAGGUUUAAUUUUGGCGCAAAAUGGCACGGUUUUUGGAACAACGGCAGUUGUAGGGGUUGAUACUCUGAAAUUGUCGAGCCUGUGUCCACCUGAUAUAAACAUCAUUUGCCGUAAUGGUCCUGGAAGCUCAGUAAUUAGUGGGCCAGAGGAUUCUAUGAGAAAAUUCGCAGAAAAAUUGCAGGCUGGGAAUAUCUUUGUUGGAAACCAACUUCGCAGCAGCAUUUUCUCCGAAAGCUCUACCACGGAAAAAGCAGGCCUGCAAUUAUUAGAUUAUGUUAAAAAAUUGAUUCCAGACCCGAAACCUCGCAGGCAGAAAUGGUUGCCUGCCACUGAUGCAAAUAGAAAAUCAAAAAGUACUUCAGUUUGGAAUUUCACAGACAUAUACCAUACAAGUAAACUUCUUGAGCCCGUUACCGUGGAAGAUGUAUCUUGUCUCUUGCCGGAUAAUGCAGUCACUAUUGAAAUAGCACCGCUUAAUUUUCUGGAAGCCACUUUGCAAGAUUGCGGGAAUCGGUCUGUUACCAACAUUAGUUUAGUCAAAUGUGAGAAUGGUAUCAACGUAGAAGAUUUGCUUAGUGCUGUCGGAAGAAUGUAUGAAAUCGGAUUAUCUCCUCAGUUAUCCAAUUUAUACCCCGAUAUUCAGUAUCCAGUCAGUCGGGGAACUCCUAUGAUUUCACCAUUGAUACGUUGGGAGCACUCAGAAGAUUGGUAUGUAGCUCAUACGCCGAAAGUAGAAAAACUUAGCAAAGGACGAAGAGUUAUUGACAUCGACCUCGCCAAUGACGAAUUUGGAUGGCUGUCCGGGCACGUCAUUGAUGGAAGAAUCUUGAUACCUGCAACUGGCUACUUAGUAUUUAUUUGGCAAACUCUGGCGAUGAUGGAAGCAAAGGAACACACGAAAAUCUCAGUUGUUUUUGAAAAUGUGAAGUUCCACCGAGCCACUACGAUUUCAAAAGAACGUAGCGUUAAGCUGGAAAUCAUGAUUCAAAGAGGAUCAAACGGGUUUGAAAUUACCGAAGGUGAUAUCACUGUCGUAACCGGAUUCAUUCGUGUUGUUGCACACCCGGUUCAAGAACGCAUCAAGAUUAAUUUGUUACCCCAUAAUGCAGAGAAACUAUGUUUAACGAGCCAAGAUAUUUACAAGGAGUUUAACCUUAGAGGUUAUGAGUACGCAGGAUUGUUUCUGGGGUUAAAAGAAGCAUCCUUGGGAAGAACCAAAGGCCGUAUAACGUGGGCAAAUAAUUGGGUAACUUUUCUGGAUAACAUGCUGCAAAUGAGAGCUCUUGGCGUCAACAACCGGGGACUCUCUUAUCCAACCAGUAUUCGGAAAUUAGUGAUCGACACUAAGAAGCAUGUACAUCACCUAGAUGCAAUUCCGGAUGCCAAUAAAGAAUUCUCUGUACAGUACUACAAGGAUUUGGACGUUAUUGUAUCUGACGGAGUUGAAAUACGCGGCGUAGGAUUCACCAGAAUUUCUCGCAGAAAACCAGUUGGGAAACCUGUUAUAGAAAAACAUACGUUUAUAGCUUAUCGCGAUGGAGCCAGGAUGGCCCUGACAAUUUUAAUAAAAAUCGCUGUGCAGAUAGCAGUCGAAAACAGCUUCAGUAAAAAAGUAAAAACAGUUGAACUGAUAAGCGAUAUGGAUGAUAUAUCCCCUGGAGACUUAGCAUCUCCUGUGAUUCGAGAAGUUUUACGCGAUAUGCCCUUGAUACAAAUGGAUUUAAAUAUCAUUAUGCCCCGCAAUAAAUUUUCGGAUGAUGCCUCAUUCUCAGAUAUUAACAUCAUCGAUUCACAGAAAUUAUUAACUGAAUCCAAUGCUCUUCUGAUUAUCACAAAUGGACUGUUCACGAGUAACAGAGCCGAAAUGGUGAAAAAAAUACAAACAGCUACGAAACCUCGAGGCUUCAUUCUGGUUAGGGAGCCACUGAAAACAAACAUUGACAGUAUUCGAAAUACGAUAAGCAAAAUCGCCGACGUCAUUCUCGAGAAACGUACCUCUGAAGAACUAGUAAUUUUGUUACGUAAAAAAGAACAAACAUUUGGAUUAACUGCCAUUAUCAGGAUCAGGAAUGAUGAAUUCACAUGGCUCGCUACUCUGCAGGCUGCUCUGAAGGUAGCAAGCGAAACGAGGAACCGUACCAAGAAACAAAUACUUAUUGUGAGCGAAGGCGAUUUUGAGAGUGGUCUCAUGGGAUUGAUAAAUUGUCUGCUAAAAGAACCUGGUGGUGAAGUUAUAAGAGGGCUAUUGAUCCAGGAUCUGCAGGCUCCCAAAUUUUCGUUGAAUAAUCCAUUGUACUCGCAGCAACUGAAAUUGGGGUUGACAUUUAACGUUCUACGUCCUGGAAACCUGUGGGGAUCUUAUCGGUUUCUACCGGUGAAACCGUUGGCGCUGAAACCCGUUUAUCAUGCUCGAGUAAACCAAGAUACGCUCGGUAAUUUCAACACAAUUAAAUGGGUCGAAGGUGGAAUUCAAUCAGAUGCGCAACACAGGGACAUCGUCAAGAUACAUUAUUCAUCGAUAAACUUCCGCGACAUUAUGCUGGCUACCGGAAAAUUAGCCAUCGCAGGGGCCGAAAAAACGAAACAACUACAAGAAAACGUAAUUGGAUUUGAAUUCUCCGGACGAGAUUCAAACGGUCGCGCAGUUAUGGGAAUUACCCAGACUGGGGCUAUAUCAAAUUUAUGUGUCUGUGACAGGGAUCUUCUUUGGUCGGUACCGGAUAGAUGGACCUUAGAAGACGCAGCUACAGUGCCUGUUGUUUAUGGAACGGCCUGUUAUGCGCUGAUGUUGAGUGGCAAAAUGAAGGAAGGAGACAAAGUGUUGAUACACGCCGGAAGCGGUGGGGUUGGACAGGCAGCGAUAACUUUAGCGCUUCACGAAGGAUGCGAAGUUUUCACAACCGUAGGAACACCACAAAAACGAGAGUUCAUCAAAAAACAAUUUCCACAAAUCGAUGACGAUCAUAUCGGAAAUUCGCGAGAUACGAGUUUUGAGCAACUGAUUCUGCGUAAAACUCGUGGACGAGGCGUGGACAUCGUGUUAAAUUCCUUGGCUGAAGAAAAGUUACAAGCAUCUGUUCGUUGUUUAGCACCGGGUGGACGGUUUCUGGAGAUUGGAAAAUUCGACCUUGCAGCAAACAAUCCCCUUGGUAUGGAAGCUUUUCUAAAGGGUACCAGUUUUCACGGAAUUCUUUUCGAUAAUCUGUUCACUGCGUCCUCUGAUACGAAACAGAAACUGGUGGCAAUGGUUGAUGGUGGCAUCAAGACUGGUGCGGUUAAGCCGCUUGUUCGUACUGUGUUUGCGAUGGACCAAAUUGAAUCGGCAUUUCGGUAUAUGGCAGCUGGAAAACACAUUGGCAAGGUAGUUGUCAAAACUGGUGAUGAUGAUGGAAUAUGUCUUCCUCUUGCACUUCCCCGAUACAACUGUUCAGAAGAUGGUUGUCAUCUUAUUCUUGGUGGCCUUGGUGGGUUUGGCCUAGAGCUCGCAAAUUGGCUCGUACUUCGUGGAGCCAAAAAAUUAGUCCUCACCUCCCGAAAGGGAAUCAGUACUGGGUAUCAACGUAUGCGCAUUGAUGUUUGGAAGAGCCUCGGAGUCAAUAUUGUCGUUGUAGCAGGAAAGGAUGCUUCAACUACCAAGGGUUGUGAGACAAUUUUGAAAACAGCGGCAGCGCUUGGACCAGUUCACGCUAUUUUCAACUUGGCUGUAGUAUUGAAAGAUGCUCUUUUCGAAAAUCAAACGGUGGAGUCAUUCAAUGAACCAUUCAUAGCUAAAGCUAGGGCCACGAAGCAGUUAGAUAAAUUAUCAAGAACGUUGUGCCCGCAGCUGAAACAAUUUGUAGUGUUUUCAUCGGUAUCGUGUGGCAGAGGUUUUGCAGGACAAACGAACUACGCAAUGGCCAAUUCUAUCAUGGAAAGAAUAUGCGAGAGAAGAGCAGCAGGGAAUUUGCCAGGAUUGGCCAUUCAAUGGGGAGCUAUCGGUGACGUCGGGAUAGUCACUGAAAUGAGUGAAAAUUUUAAGGAGUCAGUUAUCGCCGGUACUCUACAACAAAGAAUUGACUCUUGUCUGCAAGAGCUUGAUAGUUUCUUGCAACAGAAAAUACCAAUAGUAUCCAGUAUGGUGGUUGCUAAGAAGACGGCUGUUACCAACGGAGAUGGAAAUAUUGUCGAUACCAUCGCAAAUAUAAUGGGACUCAAGAACAUCAAAACCAUUUCUUCAUGUACACCAUUGCCAGAACUCGGAAUGGACUCUAUGAUGACAGUUGAAAUCAAAAACACAUUGGAGCAUAAAUUCAACAUCUCUUUGACCUCAUUGGAAGUCCGUCAUCUGAAUUUCGCAAAACUCCAAGAUAUGUCUCCACAAGACAGUAGAAAAAAUGGAAAUCGGGAAGAGUCACCGCAGCAACUAGAUACUUCUGCUAGCAUAUUUCAGCUCCUGAAUAUUGUAAAAAUUCAAGGGGUGCCGAAAAAUGUUUGUGUUCCUUUGAUGACUGCAACUGAUGGUGCGAGACAAGUCUUUGUAUUGCCAGGAAUCGAAGGUGCAUAUACAAUAUUUAAGGCAAUGGUCGGCAAACUGAAAUCGGCAACCACCACCUGUUUGCAACUCGGACCAGCUACCCUGAACAUAACAUCGAUAGAUGAGAUGGCCGACUAUUUGAUUCCCUAUAUCAAAGCAAGAAGCAUGGACCGCAAGAAAUUUUUGUUAGUUGGGUACUCCUAUGGGAGUAUAUUGUCUAUUGAGCUUGCAAGGCGUUUGGAAAACGAGGGUUUCACUGGUCGCCUUGUGAUGCUCGAUGGUUCACCUGACUAUCUCAAAACAUUCUUAUCACCUUUAAAGAAAAAGUCUGAAGACGAGCUGCAAACCCAUGUAUUAUUACAGAUUAUGGGUACAGUGACAUCAUUCUCAGUUUCAAAGUUUUCCACUGAAUUAUUAAGCUGCCGUAACUGGAACGAGAAAAUAGCAGCAUUCACAAAAAAUAUGCCAGAAAAUAAUUUAUUGAAUUUCACACCGGACGAUCAAAACACAUUAUGCUUAUCUAUUUAUCGUCGCAUAAAGGCUUUCCUGGACUAUGACUGUUCAAAGCUACUACCAAUCAAGUCUCCAAUAACCUUAGUCAGAACCAAAGUUUCAAACAAGUUUUCCGAUACAAAAGACUAUGGUCUGGGGUGGCUUACGCAAAAUAAGGUGAAAAUAUACUAUGCGGAAGGAGAUCACAUCAGUAUGUUGAAUGACGAUAUUUGUGCGGCGGCAAUUAACGAGGAACUCGCGCUGGAUGUUAUACCUGAUUCAAAUUGAGCGGUAUACAAAAAUAUGUGUGUCUCAAAAACUAUCUCUACAUAAUGGUAUGACAUGUAACUUUGCACAGUAU